CCAGGACGCUCGGCGGAGCCAGGGAGUCCAGCGAGUCGCUGGGGGGAGCCGAGCAGACACCCAGCGCGGCCGGAACUCGGGGCGCGCAUCCCGCAAGUCGGAACCCGGCAGUUCGGAUCCCGCGGAACGGAGCCGGGGCCUGGAGGGUGGCAGCACGCAGAGGGCAUCCCUGUCCCUCAAGGGGUCAUGGCCUCCAUGUUGCUUGCCCGGCACCUGGCCUGCAGCUUCCAGCACAGCUACCGCCUGCUGGUACCCGGAUCCAGACACAUUAGUCAACCCGCAGCCAAAGUCGACGUUGAAUUUGAUUAUGAUGGGCCUCUGAUGAAGACGGAAGUCCCAGGGCCUAGAUCUCGGGCAUUAAUGAAACAGCUGAAUAUAAUUCAGAAUGCAGAGGCUGUGCAUUUUUUCUGCAAUUACGAAGAGAGCCGAGGCAAUUACCUGGUUGAUGUGGAUGGCAACCGAAUGCUGGAUCUUUAUUCCCAGAUCUCCUCUGUCCCCAUAGGUUACAGCCACCCUGCCCUGCUGAAACUCAUUCAACAGCCUCAAAAUGCGAGCAUGUUCGUCAACAGACCCGCCCUCGGAAUCCUGCCUCCGGAGAACUUUGUGGAGAAGCUGCGGGAGUCCUUGCUCUCGGUGGCCCCCAAAGGGAUGUCCCAGCUCAUCACCAUGGCCUGCGGCUCCUGCUCCAAUGAAAAUGCCUUCAAGACCAUCUUCAUGUGGUACCGGAGCAAGGAGAGAGGGCAGAGGGGCUUCUCCCAGGAGGAGCUGGAGACGUGCAUGAUUAACCAGGCCCCCGGCUGCCCUGACUACAGCAUCCUCUCCUUCAUGGGCGCGUUCCACGGGAGGACCAUGGGUUGCUUAGCGACCACGCACUCCAAAGCCAUUCACAAGAUUGACAUCCCUUCCUUUGACUGGCCCAUCGCACCGUUCCCACGGCUGAAAUACCCUCUGGAAGAGUUCGUGAAAGAGAACCAACAGGAGGAGGCCCGCUGUCUGGAAGAGGUAAUGCUCAUACCCUCCGGAUCCUUCCUAACCACCAGUCCCAUCGCUCUUGCCGCCCCAAGACUUGGCCCAGGAGAAGAGAAACAGAUGAAGGGUUUGUCUGUGGACCUGUGCAGAGCUUCCCCAGGGGGAAGUAGGGACACAGAGGCCUUGCGUCCCACAUAUUCCAUAUUGGGAGAGUUCAUGAGACACACAGUUUCUGUCACAGCAUCCAUCACCCAACUUUCUGGCCUCCCACGGGUGUUUAUUUCUCCCUCCUCUCUCUUCUCCGGCCAGCAUGGCUGCGCCUUCUUGGUGGAUGAGGUCCAGACUGGAGGAGGUUGCACGGGCAAGUUCUGGGCCCAUGAGCACUGGGGCUUGGAUGACCCGGCAGACGUGAUGACCUUCAGCAAGAAGAUGAUGAUUGGGGGCUUCUUCCACAAGGAGGAGUUCAGGCCCAAUGCUCCUUACCGGAUCUUCAACACCUGGCUGGGGGACCCGUCCAAGAACCUGCUGUUGGCUGAGGUCAUCAACAUCAUCAAGCGAGAGGACCUGCUAAAUAACGCAGCCCAUGCCGGGAAGGUCCUGCUCACAGGAUUGCUGGACCUCCAGGCCCGGUACCCCCAGUUCAUCAGCAGGGUGAGAGGACGAGGCACCUUUUGCUCCUUCGAUACUCCCGAUGAUUCCAUACGGAAUAAGCUCAUUUUAAUUGCCAGAAACAAAGGUGUGGUGCUGGGGGGCUGCGGUGACAAAUCCAUUCGUUUCCGUCCCACGCUGGUCUUCAGGGAUCACCAUGCUCACCUGUUCCUCAAUAUUUUCAGUGACAUCUUAGCAGACUUCAAGUAAAGAAGCCAUUUCCACUACAGUGAGAAAGCCCCGAUCUCAACAGUUGUCAAAUUGAUUAGUUUGCCUAAUUCAUGUUUUCACUUAAAAGUAUCAGAGGUGAAUGCACAGUGAAGGGUGAUUUGUGGGGAGGGAACGUUUUUGGUGGUCUUGGGGGAGGUGGGGGAGGGAAGGGCUGGUAUUGAUUUUCCUCCCUGCAGAGCCAAUGGUGCACAUUGGUUUAAGCCCAGAGAUCCUGCUUGAGCCCUGGACUCGUCUUGGGAAGGGCCAUGGGAGGUCCUGGCUAGAGUUCUGCCCAACCUUGACCAACCCCAGCAAUUUUUCCAAAAACCAGUCAAGGGCAUUACAUUUGCUCCUGGGACUGGCAGCUGGGCCUCCUGGGUGCCAGUCCAUCUCAAGUGCCAUAUUCUGUGAACACGGAUGCUGGCUCGCCCUCGCCCUAUGCAAGCAAACAUGUUCUCACCUCCUCUCCCAGCCUCUGGAGCUCUGAGCACACCCCAAGCACGGUGCAGGGAGGGACUGGACAGAUCUGAGGAAGGCUGUAAAGUGGGGACAAGAGGGUUCAGCUCAGGGGUAAGGGAAGCGGUCCUCUGGCCCCCUGAAGAUGAGAAUCACUCCUCUCAGUGCACCUGGGGAUCCCCUAAACUGUGAAUUCUGCCCUGGACAGGGCUUUGCCCUUGGAGGAUCCCCAGGUGGCACCACCCGUGGUUCUUACUUGGCAUCCACCAUUCCCCAAACUCCCUCCUCCCUGUUAAAUGUCAACCUAGACCUGGACCUGGGUGGGAGGAAACUGCAGCCUGAGUGUCCACAAGGACACACGUGAGCCCCAGGGCUAGAAGCACAGGCCCGUCACCCCAGGGUCUGGGACAGCAGAGCCAUUGCAUCAUGUUUCCUAGGGCACCUUGGGGUCUGACUUCUGGCCCCCUGAGCCUGAGAGGCUCUUGCUCUCUUUUGCUCAUCUGCCUUCACAUCGCUUCUGAGCAGACCCCCAGGAACAGCUUGGCUGUCCCACCAGAGGGAAUCAUUGCUGGACUGGAUUUCUUCUUGAGGGAAGCACCAUGAAUUAAAGGCACUAGGGCUCCAUGCAUGGAAAAGUGGCCUGUUGGUUCAACAUGGUUUCCUUAUACUUGAUCCUCCUGAAAUUAGAGAUUUUUCUGAGAUGACCAAGUAUGGAGAUUACCAGGCAGAUGAUACCGAAAUGCUUAACGGGGCUGUGGCUGAGCCUGUAGUAUCUCUGCUGGAGGUGAGACACUCUGGGAACUGAUUUGACCUCAAAUGCUCCUAAAAGAGAACUUGAUAGCCUGACAGCAAUGAAGUAUUAUUUGGUGGGGAGACUGAGAAAGCCUGGCUUGUAUUAUCUGUCCGAAAGGAAGCCUUUUCAUCUCCUGGUGCCUUGGUUGACUAUUUUGGAAAUAGGCAUAUCAAGGUUCCUGAUUCAGCACUUUGCUCUUUUAAUAACAAAUCGUCCAAAGAUCCCAAAGUAGGGAUUUUUUUCUUUUUUCUUUUUUAGCUUCCAGUCUUCCGCAAACUUGGUCAUCGACCUAUUUUUGUUGAGGAAUGAAAGGCAAUGACAAGUUUAACAUAUAGAAAUUUGUGAGUUCUUGUUCACUUUGCAUUCCUGCAGUCAGUGCAAAUCUGUCGUUCUUAAUCAGGAGCUCUGUCACCUGCACUCCCAGUGAAGUGGUGAUGUAUGCCUCCCACGCUCUGCAAGGUUUUACUCGUUUUUAUAUUCAUUUAUGCAUCAUUCAUUCAUUCACCAUUUAUUCAUUCACCUAACUUUCAUUAAACACCUGCACCAUCCCAGGCCCUGUACCGAGCAGCAGGAAUACAAAGAUGAGACAAAAUAUUGUCCCUGCUCCCGGGGGCUCACACUCCACUGGAAACAACCAGACUCGUAAACUAACAAUACAAGCAGGCACCAAGGGCUAUGACAGAGGUGCGAGUAAGAGCAUGAGGAAGUCGGAAGGAGCAUCACCAUUCAUCCAAGGGUCAGAGGAGGUUUCAAGGAAAAGGUGUCACUGGAGCAGUGUUUUGCAGAAUGAGCCAGAGUUUACCAAGCAGACAAGGCAAGGAAGGGUGUUGCAGAGAGGGAACAGCAUAUGCAAAGGCAUAUCAGCUCAUGACUUCACACCUUUCACUGGGGAGCCAGAUUCCACAGGCAAUAUCCCAAGGUUCAAUAAGGCCUUAUUUAACAAGCAAGCAAAAUGCAAACCAAACCAUUAUUCAUUUAUUGGCUUUCUCCUGAAAACUUUAGCAUUGGGUGCAAAUAUUCAGUAUGGUUCUCGGAGCCCAAAGGGUUUUAAGCCAGGGCACAACCAGAAAAUUGGCUCUCGCCGGUAGGGAGAGGGGCUCCAAUAUUUCGUUCUCUCCCCAUGGGGCAUUGACAGAGAAAUGAAAUCGUUUUAUCUGGAAAAUUCCAGAUUUAUUAUUUACCCCUUACCAAGGGAAGUUACUUCUUGUAAAAAUUUUAAGCCAUUUAUCAACAAGUUCUUGUUGAGUCAGGGCAUAAUGAGUUCCUGAGACAUCCUCUUUCGGGGGGUGGGGGUUUGGCUGGAAGAAUUUCAAGGAAAAGAAUUCUCAGCACCGUUCAAGAUUGUAGAAACUCCGCAGAAGCUGGUAAAAACAUGCGGAGCCCGGCGGACAGGCUGCUGUCCAGGGCAGGGGCCAUGAAGAAGUGCUUCUGUGGCCGACAGUCUGGAAACGAAUCCAUCAUACAUUAGUGCCAUUGAGUUUAGUAACCAUCCAGUAAGUGGCAUCACUUUUACAGAAAACAAGGUCCAGUAAUAACAAGUCUUAGUACAUCCUCACUUUUAUUAUAAAUGGGUGUUUUUUUAUAAUUUUUACUGACGCUCAGUAACCAUGCAAAAUUGUGCAUAGCAUUAAUGUAUCUAUACACCUUACCUAUCUAUAUCUAUAUAUGAGCUCAUGGUAGAAAACCAUAGCUAGGUAGCAUCGCAGACUUACGUAUACAAAGUGAUCUUGUUUACAAGUAAUCUGUUGACAGUGCCAAUAAAUGAUAAAAAAAAUUAACGUGUCACAAUGUAACUGUUGACCAUAUGCACAAUUCCAUGAAUUAGAUCUGUUUCCUGUGUUAGUCAGUAUUCUUAAAUAAAAAAAAAUUUACAACUGAAACAUGA